GGAAGACUUUUUAAACAAGGGAGUUUCAUGACAUCUCAACGCCGUAUGCUCAUCCAAAAUGCACAUAGCAGGCAUAACGACGAGCACACAACCAAAGAUGUGCGCUAGCCAGCCCAGCCAGCCUCCCGGCCCGUCUGCUUUCCUGCGUCGUCAAAUCUGUGUUAGCAGAUAUGUACCUCCUUUGUGCAGGUCUAAACUCCGAAUCCAUCCAAUUCCAUCUCUACUAUCGACCCUCCACUCUCGGUUGCGACAUCUGAACUCUGAGCAAGAGCAGGGUGAUCCCGCAAUUUCGUUGGCCUCGAAUCGAAGUAACCAUGGCCUCGUCAAAUGGCACUUCUCGGUCUCAGGGUCCUUUGCCAACCGUCCCAUCUUCAACAUCCUCGCAACCUCAUUACAAAGAGAUACAGCGUUCGUGUGACUGACGAAGAACAUUCACAGCCGAACCUCGAGGAGCUGCCGUUGGCCGUUCCGUACAGAGGGCCGGCCUUCACCAUUUCAGGAUCUAGGACUCCCGAGUAGGGACGGUGAGUUGCAGCUGUCGUUGCUCGUAUCGAUCGCUCCGUAUGUUGGAAGUACGUCCCACACAUAAGACAGGGAGGGCUAGUCUGGUCCGGUCUGGGCUUGGCAUGGUUCGGUUCUGUUUGGGAACUUUGGUUUGGAGCUGGCUCGAGCUGAGCACGGGAUGAGGAUGGGGAUGGGAGCUGGGGUGAAGAGUUGCGGGUCGGUCGUGUCGAAUUGUUUGCGGAAGAUUCUUCGUAUUGGCACCGACGCUUCGUUCAACUCCCUGGAAGCCCGGAGGGAUGUUCUGGCUGGCCUCGGUGGUCAAAGCGAAUGCUAGACGACAGAGAAGUUUUCUGGUGCAAUUCUUCGGAAGAUAACUGGAAUCGAAUCAAAUGGACCUCGGAAGUCCCGAGGUCGGUUUCGGUACGGCAUGCGCGGGAGAAAAGAGCUGCCUAAAGCCCAACCAACAAGCAGCAUACGGGAGAUGCUUUCCACUCUGGCACACAUACACGAAACAAAAGAAAAGCGCCAUGCAACCACAUCGCGAUC